CAGUCUUCUAUAAUGCAACAUAGUCAUGAAUUGUUUAUGAAUAUUCGACCACCUGAAGAAUUUGAAAGAACUGCACUAUCUACGGAUCGGAUAACAUUGAGAUCUGGUGCUUGUGUCAGAGCUGCAACGCUACUUAAUGAGGAUGCUUCAACCGAUGUGAUUGAUGUCAACGAUUUCGCAAAAAAAAGUUCAUCGGUCAUUCAAUACGUAGAAGUGGCUAACAACAAUGGACGGCUCUACUGUCUAAAUGGAUUAAUAAAUUCUGCCUGUUGGAUAAAAAUAGUAACUUUAGCUAAAGAUUGCCAAAGCUGUAAUGUAAUACUAAUGAGUACCGAGAAGGGUGUUGUCCUGAAGACGAUCCGCGUCAUUUCACCUGGCGAACCUCUCCUCAUGUGGUUCACGGAAAACAUUCUUGCAAUGAUGAAGAUACCAUUUCUCAUACCAUAUAUUAAUAUUCAAGCUGAAAAUCGAUAUAUUUGUCACGUCUGCAAAAAUCUCUACCAGUAUCCAAAUCCAUUAAAAAUACAUUUAGCCUUAAAAUGUAAUAAACUGGAUUGUAAUAAUCUGUGGACUACACUGGUGAAGGAAUUCACAUUAAUACAACCAGGCCCAGGUCUCUCCAUUAACGUUUAUGCCCCAGGUGUUAGCGGUUCUUGCAAAUUGGAACUUUCCGAAUCUCUCAGCGUCUCAUCAGGGGGCGUCUCAGGGGUUUCGUCUAUAGUAGAGAAACCACUCGACACCAACAAAUCAACAACAAAUAUCUCACCAAGAUCUUCCAAUGGCCCAUCACCAAUAAGUUCACCUGCGGAGCUUUCACCCGUGCGACGCACUGUAACUCAGCGAAAUUCAGCAUUUCUUCCUUACAUGAGACGAUCAUCCAGUCACAUUGCCCACUCAAAUUACACUAGUCACAGAAUUCACUUUGCCAGCCAAUUAAAUCAGUUUAGUAGGAUACAUUACAAUAAUAAUAAUAAUAAUAAUAAUAAUACUAAUAAUAAUAAUGAACUACCGUUGCCGCUGCUUCCGCCGCCCCCACUUUUAUCAACUCUCACUGAUGCUGAUGCUCACGCAGCUCAAAUGGAAACAUUUUAUAGUAAUAUUGGAAAGUCUAAACAGGGCCAUCUAUGCGUCUACUGUGGCAAAAUUUAUUCCCGUAAAUACGGAUUGAAAAUUCACAUUCGAACGCACACGGGUUAUAAACCACUUAGAUGUAAAGUGUGUUUGAGGCCGUUCGGUGAUCCAAGUAAUCUGAAUAAGCACGUGAGACUACAUGCUGAUGGAGAAACUCCGUACCGGUGUGGAUACUGUGGAAAAGUUUUAGUAAGACGACGAGAUUUGGAGAGGCAUAUAAAAUCGAGGCACCAAGAAAAUGCUGGUCAUAUUUCAGAUAUCUCGUCUGAUGGAUUGGAUGCUUAAUGUGUUGACCACGUAACGCAUCAUUUUGCUAAUAACUUACAGUUAGAAAAAAUCUUCAAAUCUGUUCAACUGAUUGACAGGGCAAUUGGUAUUUCGACAGAAACAUAAAUAAACUGUGCUAUUUUACGAUUAUAAUAUUUUACGACCUAUUCGUCAAAGGCCUAUGACCGACAAAAAUCUAUGUUUCUUAGAAAAUUAAUUACAAUCAUUUGAGAGGAAUUUUACUUGGUUAAAAAAUUACUGUGU